AUGCCAGAUCGAUCGAAUGCACCUCAGGAGAGUCCCGUCAACAGCCCUUGGAGCGAGUCGAGUGCACCUAAGCUCGAGCUGAAAACACUCCCUGCGGGGCUCAGGUAUGCAUUUCUGGGACCUAACUCUACAUACCCUGUGAUAGUGAAUGCUGAGCUGAACAAUGUUGAACUUGCUUUGCUUCUCUGUGAGCUUAGGAAGUAUAGAAAAGCUAUAGGGUAUUCGCUAGAUGACAUCCCUGGAAUUUCUCCUGAUCUUUGCAUGCAUAGAAUACAUCUAGAAGAUGAAUCGAUGACUUCUGUAGAACAUCAGAGGAGGUUAAACCCGAAUCUAAAAGAUGUUGUCAAGAAAGAGAUAAUGAAACUUCUAGAUGCUGGUGUAAUUUAUGCUAUAUCUGAUAGUAAGUGGGUCAGUCCUGUGCAUGUAGUUCCUAAGAAAGGUGGUAUAACUGUUGUUAAGAAUGAUAGGAAUGAGCUGAUACCCACUAGAACUGUCACUGGUCAUCGCAUGUGCAUUGAUUACCGCAAACUGAAUGCUGCAACUCGCAAAGAUCAUUUUCCUCUCCCAUUUAUUGAUCAAAUGCUUGAGAGAUUGGCUAACCAUCCAUACUACUGCUUUUUAGAUGGUUACUCAGGUUUCUUUCAGAUCCCCAUCCACCCAGACGACCAGGAGAAGACGACAUUCACAUGUCCAUAUGGCACUUAUGCUUAUCGCAGAAUGCCGUUUGGACUGUGCAAUGCACCGGCCACGUUCCAGCGCUGCAUGAUGUCUAUUUUCACUGACCUUAUUGAGGACAUAAUGGAAGUUUUCAUGGACGACUUUUCCGUCUAUGGAAGCUCCUUUGCUGUGUGUUUGUCUAAUCUGUGCAGGGUAUUGCAGCGGUGUGAGGAGAGACAUCUUGUGCUGAACUGGGAGAAAUGCCACUUCAUGGUGAGAGAUGGGAUCGUGCUGGGACAUAGGAUUUCAGAGAAGGGAAUCGAGGUCGACAGAGCGAAGAUCGAGGUGAUGAUGAGUCUACAGCCGCCUAAUUCUGUCAAGGGAAUCCGCAGCUUUCUGGGGCAUGCAGGGUUCUAUAGGCGGUUCAUCAAGGACUUCUCCAAGAUCACCAGACCUUUGACGCAGCUGUUGUGUAAGGAGGUCAAGUUCGACUUUGACAGUACAUGCUUGGAGGCCUUUCACACGAUCAAGGGAGCUCUGGUGAGUGCUCCAAUUGUCCAACCUCCUGACUGGAACCUUCCGUUCGAGGUCAUGACAGAUGCUAGUGACUAUGCUGUCGGAGCGGUUCUGGGCCAGAGAAAGGAGAAGAAGCUGCACGUGAUCUACUACGCCAGUCGCACACUUGAUGAAGCUCAGUGCAAGUACGCUACGACUGAGAAAGAACUAUUGGCGGUGGUGUUUGCAUUUGAGAAGUUUCGGUCCUAUCUUGUUGGAUCGAAGGUGAUUGUCCAUACUGAUCACGCUGCCUUGAAGUACUUGCUGACGAAGAAGGAUGCGAAGCCGAGACUCUUGAGAUGGAUUCUUUUGCUUCAGGAGUUCGAUCUGGAGAUCAAGGAUAAGAAAGGGAUUGACAAUGGUGUAGCUGAUCACCUGUCAAGGAUGAAGAUCGAUGAUGACGUCCCUCUAGACGACAGCCUACCUGAUGAGCACGUCUACGCUGUUGAGGUGAUCGAUUACGGCGAGCCCCUGCUCGCAGAUGAUGGAGUUCGAUCGAAUGCAGAGAAGAGAUCGAUCGAAUGGAUGACGGAGAUCGGAACAAGAAGAAGAAGUUCUAGAGACAUCAGGCGCUAUUUCUGGGAUGAGCCAUACCUGUACAAGCACUGCACCGAUGGAGUCUACAGGAGAUGUGUAGCUGAUGAGGAGAUACCUGGGAUCUUGUUCCACUGUCAUAGCUCGUCUUAUGCUGGACACUUCGCCACGUACAAGACUGUAUCCAAGGCGCUGCAAGCUGGCUACUGGUGGCCCACCAUGUUCCGAGAUGCACACAGAUUCGUGUCUAAGUGUGAUGUAUGCCAGAGACAGGGGAACAUCAGUAAGAGAAACGAGAUGCCACAGAACUUCAUUCUGGAAGUAGAGGUUUUCGACGUGUGGGGAGUUGACUUCAUGGGACCCUUCCCAUCUUCCUAUGGAAACCUGUACAUUUUGGUGGCUGUCGACUAUGUAUCUAAGUGGGUAGAGGCUUUGGCCAGUCCCACUAAUGAUGCAAAGGUCGUGAUGAAGAUGUUCAAGACCUUCGAUAAUAUGUUGAAGAGGCACGGGGUGAAGCACAAGGUGGCGACUCCUUAUCAUCCCCAGACGAGUGGCCAAGUCGAGCUAUCUAACAGAGAGAUCAAGAACAUCCUUCAGAAGACUGCAGGCACGACUGGGAAGGACUGGGCUGCAAAGUUGGAUGAUGCACUCUGGGCCUAUCGAACUGCCUACAAGACUCCUCUUGGUACGACACCGUUCAACCUAGUCUAUGGCAAGGCUUGUCACCUGCCUGUGGAGCUAGAGUACAAGGCUGCGUGGGCAGUGAAGCAGAUGAACUAUGACAUGAAGUCUGCGGCAGAGAGGAGGAACAUGCAGUUGGUCGAGCUUGACGAGAUUAGGCACCUGGCCUAUGACAGUUCGAAGAUCUACAAGGAGCGGACUAAAGCUUACCACGACAAGAAGAUCCUGAAAAGGAACUUUUCCCAAGGAGAUCAAGUCCUGCUGUUUAACUCCAGGCUGAAGUUGUUUCCUGGAAAGCUGAAAUCAAGGUGGUCUGGGCCCUUCGUUAUCAAGGAAGUCAGACCAUAUGGAGCUUUUGAGCUAUGGGACAAGUCUGGUGGACACUUCGUGGUGAACGGUCAACGCCUCAAGCCAUACCUUGCUGAUACCGACAUCACAGAGAGGGAAUCUCUUCCUCUCAGUGAUCCAUCUCCUGCCUAA